AUGGGCGACGCGGCUCCAGGAGAGGGCAGCAACAACAAAAAGGAGGUCCAGCCGGCCAAGUUCAUCGAGGCCCGCGUCGCGACGGCCUUUGGCGGCGGCCCCAAGUUCCUCGCCAAGUACGCGACCGAGCCCAACGAGAUCUGCAUCAAGGAGUUCAUCGAGAACGAGGACCUAACGUGCCUCCUCUUCUCGGGCGACAAUGUGAUUGCGUCGACCAAGAUGCCGGCGACGCUGCCGCGCGGCAAGACGAUUGCAUUCGCCAAGAUGCACAAGUGCGUUCUCUCGAGUAAGAACAUCCUGACCGAUGUGCUCGUGAGCGAGAUGGGCACGAGCACGAUCGAGCACUUGGAGAAGCUUGUCUCGGAAGUCUACCUCCCGCUCUUCUCCAACCCGAGCAACCAAGAGGGCUGGGGCGAGGUCGCGUCCAAGGAGGUGGUCGACAAGUUCCACUCGUACAUGGCGACCGUCUCGAUCAUUGCAGGCGCGACGAAGGGCGAGACGUGCCUCCCGCUGCCGCCCGUCGAUGGGAACGCGGCCAACCUCAAGAACAAGAUCUCGCUCCUCGAAGGCUCGAUCGUGACGUGGACCAAGCAGAUCAAGAACGUCCUCAAGCAAGACCCGGAAGAGCUUUUGAAGCAAGGCAUGAACCCGACGCCGGACGCCGAGAUUGAGUUUUGGAAGCUCAAGGCCGCGAAUCUCAACUCGAUUUUUGAGCAGCUCCAGAGCAAACGCGUGCGCAAGAUUCUAACCGCACUCGACCGGUCCAAGAGCACAUACUGUACGCCGUUCGCUCGGCUCUGCAAGGAGGUCUUCACCGCGCGCAUUGAAGCCAACGACAACACAAAGUACUUACGGACGCUUGAGGAGUGGUUCCACCGGCUCAACAACGACGAAGACUUUCCCAACUUGACCGAGCUCUUCAAGCCAAUGCUGCACAUCAUUUUGCUCAUUUGGAAAAACUCCAAGCACUACAACACCCCGGCGCGGCUCGUCGUACUCAUCCGCGAAAUCUGCAACUCGCUCAUCAACCAAGCGCGCGUGUACUUGAGCGGCGAGAUGAUUUUCGGGCUCAUCGACCAAGACGAAGCCGGCCAGGCCGUCGAGCAGCUCAAGACGACGCUGCAAGUGUGCUCGACGUUCAAGAGCACGUACUUUGACUACAAGGCGACCGCCAACGCCGAGUGUCCGUCGAAUCCAUGGCGCAUUCAAAACAACGCGCUCUUUGUCCGAUUGGACUCGUUUCUGGAGCGCUGCCACGACAUUCUCGACUUGACGCAGACGAUCGUUCAGUUUACCAAGCUCUCCAAGAUGGAGGUCGGCGGCACAAAAGGCAAGACGCUGACCAUGAGCGUCCAGCAGAUCCACCACGACUUUACCGAGGCCGUCAACACGUUCAAGCGCGUCUCCAGCGACAUUAUGGACGUGGGUGCAACGAAAUUCGACGAUAACUUUUACGAGUUUCGGUGCAAGAUCAAAGAGCUCGAGCGACGCCUCGGGUCGGUCCUUACCCAAGGCUUUGACGACUGCUCGACGGUCUUUGGUCGCUUUAAGCUCCUCGACUCGUUUGAAGGUCUUUUGAACCGGCCGAUUAUCCAGGACGAGCUCGAGAAGAAGCACGUCGCACUCGUGCAGGCCUACGGAAUGGACCUCAAGCACGUGCAAGAGCUCUUCUUGCACAGCCGCGACGCGCCGCCGAUUUCGUGGAACUUGCCGCCGAUCGCAGGCGCGCUCACGUGGUGCCGCGGCCUCAUCGAGCGCAUCGAGCACCCGAUGAAGAAGCUCAAGGAGCUCAACCACAACGUCAUGGACCGCGAAGAAGCCAAAGAAGUCUACAAGGUCUACGGCACCGUGCUCGCGUCCCUCCAAGAGUACGAAAACCAAAAAGUCGAAGAGUGGAGUCGGGACGUCGAAGCGUCGUCGCAGGCCAAGCUCAAGCUUCCGAUCCUCGUGCGCAACCCGCACACGCGCAUCCUUCGCGUCAACUUUGACCCGGCGCUCGAGAAGCUACUGCGCGAAGUCAAGUACCUCCGGUGUCUCGGCUUGGACGUGCCGCAGUCGGCGCUCUCGAUCUCUCAAAAGGAGGAGACCUUCCGCAAGUACCGCGGCGACCUCAUGUACAUCGUCGAGCCGUACAACUCGAUGAUCGAAGGCUUGCACACGGUCGAGGAGCCGUUGGUGCGCAAGCACAUUACCAACAUUGACGCGAGCGUCGGGCGUGGCAUCGAAGACCUCAACUGGAAGAGCAACGGCAUCGAGACGUUCAUCGAAGACUGCCGCCGGUCCGUCGAGAGUGCGAACGAGGUGGUCACGAACCUCAAGGAGAGCUUGAGCACGAUCGAGCUGACGCUGACGAGCUGGAACCAGCCGCUCCUCGAGCGCCAAGCCAAGCCGAUCGCAGCCAACGAGCACGAGCGUUUGCACAAGAGCUCGAUCGCGCAGCGCACGCUCAAGAUUCGCGAAGGCGCGGCCGAGAUCCACAGGCGACUCAAGGCAUCGAAUGCGGGUAUUGUCGGCGUCAACUCGGCGCACUGGAAAGCGUAUGUCGAUUACGUCAACAACAUCGUCGUCGGCGGCGUCGCGAAAGUCAUUUGCUCGAGCUUGGAGUUUUUGGCCAAGCAACUCGAACCAAACCAGACGCCCACGGCGCCGAUUGUGAAGGAAGACGAAAAGAAGGGCUCCAAGGAAGGCAAGGACAGCAAGGACAACGCCGCGUCACGCCUCCCGAUGCUCGAGAUCAAGCUCGACUUAAUCUCGAACCGCGUCCAGUUCAACCCGUGCUUGACGGAAAACAACGGCAAGGGUCUUCGCGAUACGAUUCAAAUGUGGAUCAACUCGUUCUUCAACGUCGCGACCGCCGUCAAGCGCCUCGACUCGGACGGCGGCGGCACGUACCUCAAGGAAAUGCACUCGGACAUGAACAUUUGCAUGCAGCUCGCCAUCAUCUCCGAGUACCUCACCGAGAACGAGAACCAGCUCAACACGUUCAAGAAGAAGUACGACAACUACGCGUACCUCUGGGAGUCGAGCAUGGACGACGUCUUCGCGGCGUUCCUCGAAGGCGCGCAGUACACUUCGGAGCAUGGCGCCACGAUGCUCAACCUCGAAAAGUUCAACGAAGAAAUCACCAAGUACUCGCGCGUCGCGAAUGAGAUCGCGAACCUCGCGACGCCGACGGACGUGGGCUGGCUGCGCGUCAACUCACAGCCGAUCAAGACGGCCAUGGUCACGUGGGUGAGCAAGUGGGUCUACCAGUACACGACGUACCUCUACAAGCACGUCGUGACGAAACUCAGCUCGCUGCACAAGUUCAUGGAGGUCGUGCUGAAGGGCCUCGAAGAAGACGUUGUCGAUAAGAACAAGGAGGCCCUCAUGCGUGUCAUGACGCACAUCCGCGACGUGCGCAAGCAGAUUGACGCGACCAACGAGAUGUUUGACCCGCUCCGGCAAGCUGUGCACCUCCUCAAGACCCACGGCGUCAACAUUGACGACACCAAGAUCGCCGACCAGACCAUCCAAGACUACCUCGAGGCCGCGCCGCUGCAGUGGAAGGCAUCCAUCAAGGUCGCUCUCGACGAGUUUUACAAGGACAUGCGCAAGUUCCGCAACGACUUUCGCGCCAACGCGCCGUUUACGUUUGCGGGUCAGCCCGACGAGGCGUACAAGAUGGUGGACGAGUACGCGGUGCGCCUCGCCGAGCGCAUCAAGCAAGCCAAGCAGUUCAACGAGCUCGAAGAGCUCUUUGAGCUCCAAGUGUCCAAGUACCAAGAGACGACGGACACGCUGUAUGAGCUCCAGCAGCUCAAAAAAGUCUGGGACAUGAAGGACAUGGUGCUCCAUACGUUCGCCGAGUGGAAGAAGGCGCUGUGGGUCAAGAUCGACACCGAGUCGAUGGAAGCGUACACGCGCAAUGCGAUGAAACAGAUGAAGGCCGAGAGCAACGAGAACCAGAUCAUCAAGCAGUGGCAGACGUACAAGGACACGGAGCAAAUGGUCAAGAACAUGUCGACGAUCCUGCCGCUCAUCAACGAUUUGCACUCGGAAGCGAUGCAAGACCGGCACUGGAAAGCGCUCUCGUCGCUCUGCAAGGUCAAGGCCAUUGACCCGAAGGACCCAAAGUUCAGCUUCGCCGACUUGCUCAAGCUUGAGCUUCAUUUGCACGUCGACGACGUCGGUGAGAUUGUCGAGACGGCCAACAAAGAGCAAAAGAUCGAGAAGAAGCUCACACUCAUCGAAGACCUCUGGCACCGCCUCACGCUCGACUACGUGCCGCACAAGGACUCGGGCACGUUCGUUAUCAAGCCGUCGGAGGAGGUGGUCGAAAGCCUCGAGAGCAACCAGCUCGAGCUGCAGACGAUGGUGGGCAUGGGCAAAUUCGUCGAGUUCUUCAAAGACCGCGUCUUGGCGAGCCAGAAGAGCCUUGGCCACGUCGAAGAGGUGCUGAAAGAGUGGGUGAGCGUCUCCAAGCAGUGGGCGUCGCUUGAGAGCAUCUUCUUGAGCUCGCCCGAUAUCCGCAACCAGCUCCCGGACGACACGCGGACGUUCGAGUCGAUUGACUCGAACUUCAAGGACCUCAUGAAGAAUGCGAUUCUCGAGCCCAACGUCGUGAACGCGUGCUCGGUCGAGAACCGGCUCGAGAGCCUCAAGGAGAUGACCGCGAUGCUGGAGAAGUGCCAGAAAUCGCUCAACGAGUACCUCGACAAGAAGAAGAAGAUCUACCCGCGCUUCUACUUUGUGUCCAACGUCGCGCUCCUCGACAUUCUCUCCAACGGCAACAACCCGAAGAAGAUCAUGCCGUUCUUGGGCGACUGCUACGACUCGCUCAACAACCUCAUCUUUGAGGAUGGCAGCCCCAACACGGCGCAUACGAUGAUCGCAAAGGACAAGGAGCACGUCAAAUUGCCCAAGAUUUUCGUCAUGGCCGGAGCCGUCGAGAGCUGGCUCAACGACCUCACGGAAGCCAUGCGCUACUGCAUCAAGAAGGAGAUGCACGAUUCGAUCGAGACCGCAGCCAAUUGGGACGUCGAGAAGCCCCGUCAUCUGUGGCUUUUUGACUACUCGGCCCAAGUCGUGCUCAACUCGACGCAGAUCUACUGGACGGAAGAAACCGAGAUGGCACUGGAAGAGUUUGAGAACGGCCAAGAAGACUCGGUGAAGCGGUACCUCGCGUUGUGCAACCAGCGCCUCGAGCAGCUCAUCAACUUGGUGCUGGGCGAGCUCACGAAAAGCGAUCGGUGCAAGAUCAUUGCGCUCAUUACGCUGGACGUGCACUCGCGCGAUGUCGUGAAAAAGCUUGUCGACGAAAAGGUCGAGGGGCCGCUGAGUUUCCUCUGGCAGCAGCAAUUGCGCUUCAUUUGGCGCCAAGAGACCAUGGACGUCGACAUUCGCAUCACCGACUUCCGCUCGAAAUACUCGUACGAGUGGAUCGGCAACACGGGCCGCCUCGUCAUUACGCCGCUCACGGAUCGGUGUUAUAUUACGCUGACCAUGGCGCUGCGGCUCUUCCUCGGCGGGGCCCCCGCGGGCCCCGCCGGGACGGGCAAAACCGAAACGACAAAGGAUCUCGCGCGUGCCAUGGCGCUCUGCUGCUACGUCUUCAACUGCUCGGACCAGAUGAACUACCAAACAAUGGCCGACAUCUUCCGGGGGCUGUGCCAAACGGGCACGUGGGGCUGCUUUGAUGAGUUCAACCGCAUCAACAUUGAAGUGCUGUCGGUCGUCGCGACCCAAGUCAAGUGCGUGCAGGACGCGAUCGUUCUCAAUGCCGUGCCGGCGAAUCGCGAAGAAAAGUACCGGCACAUUGCCGCGGGGACGCCGCCCGUCGUCGUCGGCGAGUUUGAGUUUAUGGGCGCGUCCGACCGCAUCACGCUCAUCCCGACCUGCGGCUUCUUUAUCACGAUGAACCCCGGGUACGCCGGCCGCACGGAGCUGCCCGAGAACCUCAAGGUGCUCUUCCGAUCGUGCGCCAUGAUCCGCCCCGAUCUGCGGCCAAUUUGCGAAAACAUGCUCAUGUCGGAAGGCUUUCAGCAAGCGCGGACGCUCGCGAUCAAGUUUGUGACGCUCUACCAGCUCAGUUCCGAGCUCCUCUCCAAGCAAUUCCACUACGAUUGGGGUCUCCGCGCUGUAAAGUCUGUCUUGCGUGUCGCCGGUAUCCUCAAGCGCGCCGAGCCUGACGUCGAGGAAGACAAGGUGCUCAUGCGCGCGCUCCGCGAUUUCAACACGCCCAAGAUUCCGCAGCUCGACACGCCAAUUUUCCUGCUAAACCUCGAGCUCCGCGACAAGACGGUCGUUGUCUGCAAGGCCAACAACCUCCAGCACGACGAGUCGUUCAUUCUAAAAGUCUGCCAGCUCCAAGAACUCAUUGACGUCCGGCACUCGGUGAUGCUGCUCGGCAGCGCUGGCUCGGCGAAAACGACAACGUGGCAAACGCUCGCCAAGUGCUGGAACCUCAACAAGGAGAAGAAGGUGUGCGUCUACGAGACGCUCAACCCCAAGGCUGUCACGUCGGACGAGCUGUAUGGCUACAUGACGCUCUCGAAAGACUGGAAGGACGGUGUCAUCUCGAUCAUCAUGCGCGGAAUGUCAAAGAACUACGCCGAGCAAGGCUUUUACGAGAGCCAGAUGUACAAGUGGGUCGUCCUCGACGGCGACAUUGAUGCCGUCUGGAUUGAGAGCAUGAACACGGUCAUGGACGACAACAAGGUGCUCACGCUCGUCUCGAACGAACGCAUUCCGCUCUCGGAAGCGAUGCGCAUGUUUUUCGAGAUCAAUUCGCUCAAGAACGCGACGCCCGCAACCGUCUCCCGCGCCGGCAUCCUCUUCAUCAACGAGUACGACAUUGGGUGGCGGCCGUUCAUGGAGUCGUGGGUCGCACGGCGCGACGAAGAGAUCGAGCGCACGUACCUCCCGGGAUUGUUUGACAAGUACAUCGAGGCGACGCUCGAGAUGACGCGAAAAGGCUUCAAGCAAGUGUCGCCGGUCCGCAUCAUCAACCAAGUGAGCACGAUCUGCUACCUCCUCGAAGGCCUCUUUGCGGAAAUCCCGGCCGAGAAGAAGACACAGGAGGUCAUCGAGUGCGUCUUUGUGUUUUGCGCGACGUGGGCGUUUGGCGGCCCGUUCAUCGUCGACAAGAGCGUCGACUACCGCAAGAACUUUAACGAGCUCUGGAACGCAACCUUCACCGCGGUCAAGUACCCGAAGGAAGGCACGUGCUUCGACUACUUUUACAACGUCGAGACCAACGAGUUUGAGCACUGGAGCAGCCGCGUGCCCAAGUAUACGCCGACGCCGAUCGGCAAUGCCGUCUCGGACACGCCGUUCUCGACCAUUGUCAUUAGCACCAUCGACUCGGUGCGGCUCACGCGCCUCGUCGAGAUCCUCGUGAACCGGCAGCGACCGGUGCUGCUGGUGGGCGGCGCGGGCACGGGCAAGACCACGAUCCUCAAGACGUUCUGCAGAAGCCUCGACGAAGACAUGUUGCACACGUGCAUCAACAUGAACUACUACACGGACUCGUUCAAGCUCCAGCAACAGCUCGAGCAAGUCAUUGAUAAGCGGUCGGGGCGCAUGUUUGGCCCGCCCGCGACCAAGAAGCUCAUCUACUUUAUCGACGACCUCAACUUGCCGUACAUUGAGACGUACGGCACGCAGAACGCGCUCGCGCUCAUGCGCCAGCACAUGGACUACCGCACGAUCUUUGACCGGAUCGACCUCGGCUUCCGAAAGGAGAUUGUCGACGUCCAGUACCUCUCUGCGAUGAACCCGACGGCCGGGUCGUUCAUCAUCGACGAGCGUCUCCAGCGCCAUUACGCGCUCUUUGCGUGCAUGAUGCCGAGCAAGGAAGACCUCAAGACGAUCUACAAUUCGAUUCUGAAGGGCCACCUCGGCUUUGGGUUCGGCAACGCCGUCGUGAACGCGAGCGAGGUCUUUGUCGCGCUGAGUAUUGCGGCCCACGAAGACAUUGCUAACAAGUUCUUGCCGUCCGCGACCAAGUUUGUCUACAACUGGAACAUGCGCGAGCUCAGCAACGUCGUGCAAGGCCUCACGCGGUCCAAGGGCGAGUUUUACCCGACCGUCGAGUCGUUCGCGCGGCUCUGGAUCCACGAGACGACGCGCGUCUUUUGCGAUCGCAUGAUCAACAACGAAGACGUCGACAAGUUUACCGAUCGGAUGCGCGAAAUCUCCAAAAAGUUUCUGCCAGACGUCGACCAAGACAAGCUCUUUCCAAAACCCUCGACCGGCGAAGACGAAGAGCCUGGCACGAUUGUCAAUAUCUACACGACGUUUGCGACGCCGGUCGCCGGCGCCGACUCGGUGUACCUUCCCGUCGCUGGCAUGAAGCAGCUCAACAAGGUGCUCACGGACCAGCUCGACGACUACAACCAAAAGUACUCGAUGAUGAACCUCGAGCUGUUCGGAAACGCCAUGGAGCACGUGACGCGGAUCUGCCGCAUCAUUGGCAACCCCGGCGGCAAUGCGAUGCUCAUCGGUGUCGGCGGUUCCGGAAAGCAGUCGCUUUCGCGCCUCGCGUCGCACAUUUGCGGCUUCGACGUGCGCCAGCUCAGCGUCACGAGCAACUUCAAGAUUGACGAUCUCAAGGAAAACCUCCAAGAGAUGUUCAAGACGUCGGGCGUCCAGGGCAUCCCGCUCGUAUUUUUGAUCACUGACUCGCAGAUUGUCAACGAACGCUUCCUCGUCUUCAUUAACGACAUGCUCAGCUCGGGCUGGAUCCCCGACCUCUUUGCAAAAGAAGACGUCGACGUGCUCCUGGCCGGUCUCCGGAACGAAGCCAAGGCCCAAGGCGUGCCUGACACGCCGGAUACGCUCAUGGAUUUCUUGCUGCUGCGGAUUCGCUCCAACUUUCGCAUCAUCAUGUGCUUCUCGCCGGUCGGCGCCGUCUUCCGCGUCCGCGCUCGGCGCUUCCCCGGUCUCGUUAACUGCACGGUCAUUGACUGGUUCCACCCGUGGCCCCGCGAUGCGCUCGUGCGCGUGGCGACGAGCUUCUUGGAAAAGGUCGAGGACCUCGGCGACAAGACGCUUAAGAAGAGCCUCGCUAACCACAUGGCCGAUGUGCACAUUUCGGUGACCGACAUGAGUAAGAAGUACUUUGAGACGCAGCGCCGGUUCAACUAUGUGACGCCCAAGAGUUUUCUCGAACUCAUUUCGUUUUACGAGGUGUUGCUCGGGCAAAAGAAGGCCGAGAUCCAGCGUCAAAUCACACGUCUCGACGAUGGGCUGAGUACGCUGCGCAAGACGUCGGCCGACGUCGCCGAACUCCAAAUCGACUUGAAGAACACGAUGCAAGUGGUCGCUGAGAAGCAAGCCUCGACCGACGUCCUCCUCGAGCAAAUGGGCCGCGAGAAGGCGGGUGCGGAAGUCCAGCAGGAGAAUGCCAACAAGGAAAAAGCCAAGGCCGAGAAGGCGUCAGCGUCGGCGCAGGAGCUCGCGCAGGAAGCGGAGAAAGAGUUGUCGCAGGCCAAGCCGGCCAUGGACGCCGCGGCGGCCGCCUCGCUCCCCAAGCCGCCGGCCGGCGUCGAUCUCGUCACCAAGGCGUGUCUCAUUUUGGUCGAGAAGGAGUACAAGAACCACAAGUGGGACCGCGCCAAGAAGAUGAUGAACAACGUCGGUCAGUUCCUCGACUCGCUCAAGGUGUUUCGCGGCGAAGACAUUCCGGAAGCCGAUAUCGCGCGCCUCGAGCCGCUGAUCGCGGACCCCGAAUUUACGACCGAGAAGAUGCUCUCAAAGUCGGCGGCCGCCGCCAACCUCUGUUCGUGGGUCGUCAAUAUCUACACGUUCAACCGCAUUUACGUGCGCGUCAAGCCGCUCAUGGACUCGCUCGAAGCCUCGAAAAAGAAGAAGGAAGAGGCCGAAGAGACGCUGGCCAAGGCCAUGGCGCAGGUCGCAGAAGUUCAAAAGCGCCUCGAGCAACUCGAAGACACACUGCGUCUGGCGACCGAAGAAAAGUUGCGUGUUGAGCAAAUGAAGCAAAACUGCGAGAAUCGACUGCAGCUCGCGGGGAAGCUCGUGAACGGCCUCGCGAGUGAAAACGAGCGCUGGGGCAUUGAAAUCGAGCAGCUCAAAGCCAACGGCGUCAUGGUCGUCGGCAACUCGCUCCUCGCGGCGGCGUUCGUCUCGUACAUUGGAGCGUUCGACCAGCAGUUCCGACGCGAGCUGUGGCAGACGCUGUGGGUGCCCGACUUAAUUGCCAAGGCGAUUCCAAUUACAGACGGCAUUGAUCCGCUCCAGAUGCUCACGACCGAAGGCAAGAACGCCAAGAUGCUCAGCGAGGGCCUGCCCGCCGAUCGCAUCUCGAUCGAGAACGGGUCCAUCAUCACCAACUGCACGCGCUGGCCGCUCAUCAUCGACCCGCAGCUGCAAGGGAUCAAGUGGCUGCGCGAGAAGGAGAAGGCGCGCGAGCUGGUCGUGAUUCAAUUGACGCAGAACCAAUGGCUGCGCAAGAUGGAGACUGCGAUCGUCAACGGCCACGUUGUGAUUGUCGAAAACAUCGGCGAAGAGAUCGACGCGACGCUCGACCCGGUACUCGCCCGCGCCGUGUACAAAAAAGGCUCGAGCGCCUCGCUGUACCUCAAGUUCUCGGGCGAAGAAGUCCAGUACGACCCGAGUUUCUUCAUGUACCUCCAAACCAAGCUCUCGAACCCGCACUACAAGCCCGAGAUUGCCGCGCAGUGUACGCUCAUCAACUUUAUUGCGACCGAGUCGGGCUUGGAAGAUCAGCUAUUGGAGAAGGCCGUCAACAAGGAGCAGCCCGAGCUCGAGAAGCAGAAGCAAGAGCUCGUCUUGGCGUUUCAAAAGUUCAAAAUCGAUUUGGUCGAACUCGAAGACCAGCUGCUCGAGCGCUUGGCCAACGCGCCGGACGACAUCUUGUCUGACGUGCCCCUCAUCGAGUCGCUCGAAGAGACGAAGAAGAAGGCGACCGACAUUGCGAUUUCCGUCAAGAAGAACCAAGAAACCGAAAUUAUCAUCAACAACACGCGCGAGCUCUACCGACCGGUGGCUGCGGAAGGCGCGAUGCUCUACUUCUUGCUGACGACGCUCAGCGCCAUCGACCACAUGUACCGGUACUCGCUCGACUCGUUCAUUACGUUCUUCUACGCGUCGAUUGACCGCGCACCGACGGCCGAGAAGCAAGCCGAGCGCGUGCUGAAUUUGCGCGAGUCGCUUCGCAUCACGGUGUUUACGUGGGUCUCGCGCGGCCUCUUUGAGUCGCACAAGCUCAUAUUUCUCUCGCAGCUCACGUUUAACCUCAUGAAGCGUGGCAUUCUCGGCGAAGACGUUCGCAUCGCCGACACAUACAUGCAAUUCCUCCUCCGUGGGCCCAAAAAGACGGCCUCUGGCGACGCCGAUGCCAACCCGAUCGACUGGCUGCCCAACGCGCAGUGGUACGCGAUUCAAGCGCUCGCGACGCUCGAGGAGUUCAACAAGAUGCCCCAAGACCUCCGAGAGGCCUCGUCGCGCUUCCGCGAGUGGUACAACCACGUGACGCCCGAGAGUGAGAAGCUGCCAUUGGACUGGGCGGGCCUCGACCGCACGCCGUUCCUCAAGCUCCUCGUCGUGCGGUGUCUUCGCCCCGAUCGCAUGACGGUCGCUGUCUCGGAGUUUAUCCGGCACGUGCUUCCGAACGGCGCCAUGUACUGCGACUGCGACUCGGCGCUCAACUCGACGCAGGUCAUGGACAACUCGUACUUGGAUUCGACGCCGACAACACCAUUGUACUUUAUCUUGUCGCCGGGCGCUGACGUCGUCGCGGGUCUCGACAAGCUCGCGGUCAAGUACGGCUUUGAGCGCGGUGUCUCGUACCAUAAUGUGUCGAUGGGCCAAGGCCAAGAUGUGUUUGCGAUGGACCGCCUCGAAGUCGCGCACCGCAACGGGCACUGGGUCAUCCUCAACAACAUCCACCUCAUGCCCCGCUGGCUCAUUACGCUCGAGAAGAAGCUGGACGAGUUCGCGUUGGAGGGCUCGCACAAGAACUUUCGGCUCUUCUUGACGUCUGACCCGUCGAAUGCGAUCCCGAUUGGUGUCCUCAACCGCUGCAUCAAGCUCACGAACGAGCCGCCAAGCGGCCUCAAAGCGAAUCUCAAGCGGGCGUUUGUGAGCUUCCCGAAAGAGUACAUUGAGGAAGCCGAGGGCAAAGUCAAGUCGAUCCUUUUUGGCUUGUGCCACUUUCACGCUGUCAUGAUGGAACGCAAGAUGUACGGCCCGCUCGGCUUCAACAUGAUGUACCCGUUCUCGCUCGGCGACCUCCGCGACUCGGCCAUUUGCCUCAACAACUACCUCGAAAACUCGGGCGGUGGCAAGAUUCCGUGGGCCGAUCUCAAGUACAUUUUCGGCGAAAUCAUGUACGGCGGUCACAUUGUCAACGACUUUGACCGGCUCCUCGCCAACACGUACCUCGACUUUUACAUGCGCGACGAGCUCCUCGACGAAAUGGAGAUGUUCCCUUUCGUCGGCGACGAGAAAGGCCCGUCGUUCAUGUCGAUCGCGCCGUCGUCGUACGACAAGUACCUCGAGCACAUUGAGACCGAGCUCAAGUCAGACUCGCCGCUCGCGUUUGGGUUGCACCCGAACGCCGAGAUUGACUUUCGGACGACGCAGUCGGAAAACCUCUUCCGCACGCUCAUGGAGCUCCAGCCGCGCGACGCGGCCUCGGGUGACGCGGCCUCGAGCCCGAUGGAGAUUGCGCGCACGGCGCUCGAGACCAUCAUGGGUCGCAUUGGCGAAAAGAAGUUUGAAGUCGACGACAUUGCGCGGUCGCUCGAAGAGAUCGGGCCGUACCAGAACGUCUUUAUCCAAGAGUGCGACGCGAUCAAUGUGCUCUUGCAGGAGAUUGCGCGGUCGCUCAACGAGCUCCAGCUCGGGUUCCUCGGCGAACUCACCAUGUCGGAUGCAAUGGAAGCCGUUCAAGAGGCGCUCUUCCUCGACCGCGUGCCCAAGACGUGGGAAAAGCUCGCGUUCCCGAGCACGCGUAUGCUCGCGAGCUGGCUCCUCAACCUCGAACAACGCUUGGCGCAACUCGACGAGUGGACGCAAAACCCAAGUGACAUUCCGCGCGUCACGUGGCUCUCGGGCAUGAUCAACCCGCAGUCGUUCUUGACCGCGAUCAUGCAAGUGACGGCGCAGCGGAGUCAGUUGGAACUCGACAAGCUCGUGAUUCAAACCGACGUGCUCAAGCGCAAGUCCAACGAGGUCGACGCGCCGUCGCGCGAUGGCGCGUACAUCCACGGACUCUUUCUCAUGGGCGCGCGCUGGGACUCGAACAACUCGACGGCGAUCCAGGCCGACAAGCUCGAUCUCAAAGGCUCGUUCAUUUGUCCGUGCUACAAGACCGAGUUCCGAGGUCCCACGUAUGUCUUCUCGGCGCAGCUCAAGACCAAGUCGCCGCCCGCUCGCUGGGUCUUGGCCGGUGUCGCACUCAUCAUGGACGUCCCCGUCGUGUAG